UUUGACGAAGAGCGAUAUUAAUCCUAAAGAUCGUCAAAAUUACAAUUCAUGUAUUAAAUUAAUAUCAGACGAUGUAAUAUAUCUUCUUAAUGAUAAUAUGGAUACCAAUGGAACAGUUGUUUAUUUGACAUUGCUAAAAAUGAUAGUAAAAGCAUAUAUUGAUAAAUCAACAAGUAUUCAUGAACAUAAGUCUAUUUUUAAAAUUUAACAACGAAAAAAAUCAAAAUUAUUAAUUCUUAACAAUUUCUAUGCAUUUAGGUAUUCAAUCAGCAUGGUGUGUGGUAUUUGUUUGUCGUCUUUGGUGGUCUUAUUUAGAAAAAAUAUCAGCUUUGAAAUCAUCGAAAACCAGUCAAACAAUAAGUGAAAGAAAUAAUAAAAUUAACAAAUACUUUAUUACUAGACCCGCAUAUAUAUCUGUUGAGUUGAACGCACAUAAUUUAUUGUAUUUGGUUCUAUUAGUGAAACAACAACAUUUACCUAAACAAAAAUUAAUUAAUAUACAUUCAUUCAAUUCACAACCAUAUGAAAUUGAUACAUUAGAUAUUCAACAAUUAAUAUCAAAUGCAUAUGAUCAAGCACUACAUCUUGUUAAACAUUCAAAAAUACUAGAUACAUUAAAUGAACAUAAAAUAAAUUGUAUAGAUGAUCUAAAAAAUAACACCACUGAAGAGUUUGGAUUGGAUGAAGAGAAUGAUGAUAAUGACGUCGUAAAUUAUGCACCAGACGACCUUACAGAUGAAAUUCUAUUUGAUUCUCAAAACGACGCUGUUAGCGAUGAUGAUGAAAAUAUAUUAAAUUCAAUAAAAUCAGAUUUGAAUGGAAUAAGAAUAGUUGAUAAUAUUAAUCCGACUCUAAGACAAUUGUAUUUCAAGGUCAAAUAA